AAGGGAUUUUUAUCGACCUCUGUCUUUGAUUGUUCGAAGCUUUUUUUUUUUUUUUUUUUUUGUUUUGUUUUGUUUUGGUUGACGAAGAAAUGCAGGAGCAAGCGACGAGUUCAGCCGCCGCUAGUUCUUUGCCUUCGAGCAGUGAAAGAUCUUCCAGCUCUGCUCUUCACCUCGAAGUUAAAGAAGGAAUGGAGAGCGAUGAGGAGAUCCGGAGAGUGCCGGAGAUAGGCGGUGAAUCGGCCGGAACAUCGGCUUCCGGUAGGGAUACCGGUUCGGUCGCCGGUCCGGACCGGGUUCAAGUUUCUCGGGAGGGUCAAAGGAAAAGAGGGAGAAGUCCGGCUGAUAAAGAAAGCAAGAGACUCAAGAGAUUGCUGAGGAAUAGAGUAUCGGCACAGCAAGCAAGGGAGAGAAAAAAGGCUUAUUUGAAUGAUUUAGAGAUAAGGGUGAAGGAUUUGGAGAAGAAGAACUCUGAACUUGAAGAAAGGCUUUCCACUUUACAGAAUGAGAAUCAGAUGCUUAGACAAAUUUUGAAGAACACAACGGCAAGUAGGAGAAGCGGUGAGUGAGAGGGAGGAGAGUGUUUUGUUACACCUGAUCAGUUCUGAUCAAAGAUGAUAAGUUACUGCCAAAGUUUGGUAAUUUAAUUUAUCUUGUUUUUUUGUUUUUUUAUACUCAUUUUUUCCUUUUCAUUUUCCAUUUGAAGAAAGUAGCUAAUUUGUCAAUCUUUCAUGUUAACUCGAGGUCUAUAGAGAUUCUUGUACUUCUAUGGAAUUGAAGUUGCUAUAAGAACUGAUCAAACAGAGUAAGGGUUUAUAAAUC